AUGGCAGCUAAUCUCCGAUUUAAUUGCACGAACAACAUGGCCGAAUAUGAAGCUUGUAUCCUCGGUUUCAAAAUGGCCAUUGACAUGAAUGUCCACGAGCUAUUGGUUAUUGGAGACUCAGAUUUGUUGAUUCAUCAGAGGUACUUAGAGACCGGGAGUUAUCCUGAAGAUGCCACAUCCAACCAAAAGAAGUCGAUACACCGUAUGGCUCUUAAUUUCUUUCUAAGUGGAGAAAUCCUGUAUAGGAGGACUCCAGAUUUAGGUCUCCUCAGAUGCGUCGAUGCUUUUGAAGUCGCAAAUCUUAUUGAACAGAUACAUGCCGAAGUUUGUGGCACGCAUAUGAAUGGGCUCACUUUAACAAGAAAGAUCCUUCGAGCCAGUUAUUUCAGGAUUACUAUGGAAAAUGAUUGUUUCAAGUUUGGAGUACCAGAAUCUAUCAUUAUUGAUAAUGGUGUGAGUCUUAAAAAUCACUUGAUGAGAGUUAUAUAUGAGUACAAAGGAAAAUUUGCACCAAAUUGGAAAGGUCCUUACAUGGUUCGUAAAAUACUAUCUGGAGGUGCUUUGGUCCUGUCGGAGAUGGAUGGCACCCAUGGCCGAAACCGAUCAACUCAGAUGCUGUCAAGAGAUACUAUGCAUGAACUUCAAUUGCUUUGCUUUGAUAUCAGCAAAUUCCUCCGAUCGAUGAAUAUGGAGAAGUCAAGGGAGGAGAAAGUUCUCCCAAAAUUUAACGGUGUUCCUGUAGACGCAAGAAUUAUUUCAUACUACUUAUACCAGAGACUGGAGAGUAUGAAUGGUUUAUUUCAGUCAAUUUCCAACAAUAUGAAGUCUAUAAGGAACGUCCAGCUAGAUUCGAAGAUGAAAGAUCUUCUAUUUGUCAAGAAGAUGCAUUUACCUGUGUUUGCUUCUAAUAAGCCUCAGUCUUUGAAUGAUGAAGAAUGGGAAUUUGAGCAUCUGCAGGGUGUUCUUGACCAGCUGUCCGGAAUGGGUGUAAAGUUUGAUGAUGAGAUACAGGGACUUUGGCUUCUUAAUACUCUGCCAGACUCUUGGGAAACUCUUCGAGUUUCUUUGACUAAUUCUGCUCCCAGUGGUGUUGUAACCAUGGAAUAUACUAAGAGUGGUGUCUUGAAUGAAGAAAUGAGAAGAAGAUCUCAAGCCUCAUCUUCUUCAGCUUCACACUCCGAUGUUUUGGUUACUGAAGAUAGGGGGAGAAACAAGUCCAGAGGUCAGAAUGAUAGAGGUAAAAGUAGAAGCAAGUCAAAGUCUAAAUACAAGAAUAUUACAUGUGACUAUUGCCACAAGAAUGGGCAUAUCAUGAAAUAUUGUUACAAGCACAAGAGAGAUAUGAGACAACAAAAGAGAGAAGGCGAUAAUGAAAAUCGUGUUGCUGUUGUUGCUAAUGAUGAUCUUCUUGUUUCUUGUGAUGCAAAUGCCAUUAAUCUUGUUCGUGAUGAGUCUAGCUGGUUUGUGGAUUCUGGUGCUACUUCUCAUGUUAUUGGCAUUGGGACAGUUUGUUUGGAAAGUAACAAUGGUUCCAAACUAGUUCUCAAUAAUGUCAAGCAUGCUCCAGAUGUUCGCUUGAAUUUGAUUUCUGUGGGAUAUCUUGAUGAUGAGGGUUAUGUUAAUACACUUGGUGUUGGCCAGUGGAAGCUUACUAGAGGUUUGAUGGUUGUGGCCCGUGGUGACAAGUUGUCUAACUUGUAUGUAUUUCAGGGCUCCAUGUCCAGAGACUCGGUAAAUUUGGUGGAGAAUGAUACUUCAUCAGAGUUAUGGCAUAGAAGGCUGAGUCAUAUGAGCGAGAAGGGGAUUGAUAGUUUGGCUAAGAAAAAUUUGCUUUCUGGAGUGAAACAAGCAAAGUUGAAGAAAUGUGUUCAUUGCUUAGCCGGUAAACAGAAAAGAGUUUCUUUUCAGAGUCAUCCGCCUUCAAGAAAGCUUGAUUUGCUGGAGUUGGUACAUUCUGAUUUGUGUGGUCCUUUUAAGGUAAGAUCUCAUGGUGGUGCACUUUACUUUGUGACUUUUAUUGAUGAUCAUUCUCGCAAACUCUGGGUAUUUCCUUUGAAGUCCAAGGAUCAAGUACUUGAUGUGUUCAAGAGUUUUCAGGCCUUGGUUGAAAGACAAACAGGGAAGACAUUGAAAUGCAUCCGCUCAGAUAAUGGUGGUGAGUAUAUUGGUCCUUUUGAUAGAUAUUGCAGAGAGCAGGGUAUUAGGCAUCAGAAAACUCCUCCAAAGACUCCUCAGUUAAAUGGUUUAGCAGAGAGGAUGAACAGAACUCUAGUUGAGAGGGUUAGAUGUAUGCUUUCAGAUGCUAAGCUGUCAGAUUCCUUUUGGGCAGAAGCACUUAAUACUGCUGCUUAUGUUAUCAAUUUAUCUCCUGCUGUUGCUUUAGAUGGUGAUGUCCCUGACAGAGUUUGGACUGGUAAGAAUGUUUCUUAUGAUCAUCUUAGAGUCUUUGGGUGUAAAGCCUUUGUACAUAAGAAACUUGUUAGAAGCCGUGAUGUUGUGUUCUUUGAAGACCAAACAAUUGAAGAUUUUGACAAAGCUGACAAGGCUGAUUUUCAGAGUAGUGAGAGCUUAGUUGAUGUUGAUCCAGUUCCUUUGACUAUUGCACCGGAAGAAAAUCUUCAUAAUGAUGAAAAUCAAGUUGAUAAUGAAGAUGGUGAUCAUGUUCAGAAUGACCGGCAUGAUGUUGUUGAUGCUCCAGUGCAAGAUGAUGUGAGAAUUCCUUCAUCUCGUUAUUCUCCCAAUGAGUAUGUACUCUUGACUGACGGGGGAGAACCUGAGAGUCUUGAUGAGGCCAUGGAAAGUGAAGAAAAAGAAAGGUGGUUUGAUGCUAUGGAAGAUGAGAUUAAAUCCUUGCAUGAUAAUCAUACCUUUGAUUUGGUUAAGUUACCUAAAGACAGAAAAGCUUUGAAAAACAGGUGGGUUUUUCGGGUGAAACAUGAAGAUGGUAAUCCAGUUCCACGGUACAAAGCUAGAUUAGUUGUCAAGGGAUUUAAUCAGAAAAGGGGAGUUGAUUUUGAUGAGAUAUUCUCUCCAGUUGUGAAGAUGUCAUCCAUUCGUGUGGUUCUAGGCUUGGCUGCAAGUCUAGAUUUAGAGGUUGAGCAAAUGGAUGUUAAAACUGCUUUCCUCCAUGGUGACUUAGAUGAAGAAAUUUAUAUGGAGCAACCGGAAGGUUUUGAAGUCAAGGGUAAAGAGAAUUAUGUUUGCAAAUUGAAGAAGAGCUUGUAUGGUUUGAAACAAGCUCCCAGGCAGUGGUACAGGAAGUUUGGUUCUUUUAUGAGUCAGCAGGGCUUCAAGAAGACUUCUUCAGACCAUUGUGUUUUUGUGCAAAAGUUCUCUGAUGGUGACUUUAUUAUUGUGUUGCUUUAUGUUGAUGACAUGCUUGUUGUUGGUCAUAAUACUUGCAGGAUUCAGAAGUUGAAGCAAGAGUUGAGUAAGUCUUUUGCUAUGAAAGACUUAGGACCAGCAAGGCAGAUUCUUGGCAUGCAGAUUGUCCGUGAUAGAAAGGCCAAGAAAUUGGUAUUAUCACAAGAGAAGUACAUUCAGAAAGUACUUCGCAGAUUCAGCAUGGACAAAGCUAAGGUUGUCAGUACACCUUUAGCUAUGCACUUCAAAUUGAGCACGAAACAGUGUCCUUCUAGUGAUGAUGAGAAGGAAGAUAUGAAGAAAGUUCCUUAUGCUUCAGCUGUUGGUAGUUUGAUGUAUGCGAUGGUUUGUACAAGACCGGAUAUUGCUCACGCUGUUGGAGUUGUUAGCCGUUUUCUUUCUAAUCCGGGAAGAGAACAUUGGAAUGCUGUGAAGUGGGUUAUGAGAUAUCUCUGUGGCACUUCUAGUCUGAGUUUGUGUUUUGGUACAGGGAAGCCUAUUCUUUGUGGUUAUACUGAUUCAGACAUGGCUGGUGAUGUUGAUACUCGCAAGUCUACUUCAGGGUACUUGGUUACUUUUGCAGGGGGAGCUGUGUCUUGGCAAUCUAGGUUGCAAAAAUGUGUUGCUCUAUCUACUACAGAAGCUGAGCUUAUUGCUGUCGUUGAAGCUUGUAAAGAAUUGCUUUGGAUGAAGAGAUUCUUGGGGGAACUUGGUUGUGCUCAAGAGAGGUAUGUGCUUUAUUGUGACAGUCAAAGUGCUAUACAUCUUGGCAAGAAUUCUACGUUCCAUGGUCGGUCUAAACACAUUGAUGUGAGAUACCAUUGGAUUCGAGAUGUGUUGGAUUCUAAGUUGCUUGAGCUUGAAAAGAUUCAUACAAAUGACAAUGGUUCCGAUAUGAUGACUAAAGCUUUGCCAAGAGGGAAGUUUGAAGAUUGUUGCAUGGUCAUGAAAGAUCUUCUAUUUGUCAAGAAGAUGCAUUUACCUGUGUUUGCUUCUAAUAAGCCUCAGUCUUUGAAUGAUGAAGAAUGGGAAUUUGAGCAUCUGCAGGGUGUUCUUGACCAGCUGUCCGGAAUGGGUGUAAAGUUUGAUGAUGAGAUACAGGGACUUUGGCUUCUUAAUACUCUGCCAGACUCUUGGGAAACUCUUCGAGUUUCUUUGACUAAUUCUGCUCCCAGUGGUGUUGUAACCAUGGAAUAUACUAAGAGUGGUGUCUUGAAUGAAGAAAUGAGAAGAAGAUCUCAAGCCUCAUCUUCUUCAGCUUCACACUCCGAUGUUUUGGUUACUGAAGAUAGGGGGAGAAACAAGUCCAGAGGUCAGAAUGAUAGAGGUAAAAGUAGAAGCAAGUCAAAGUCUAAAUACAAGAAUAUUACAUGUGACUAUUGCCACAAGAAUGGGCAUAUCAUGAAAUAUUGUUACAAGCACAAGAGAGAUAUGAGACAACAAAAGAGAGAAGGCGAUAAUGAAAAUCGUGUUGCUGUUGUUGCUAAUGAUGAUCUUCUUGUUUCUUGUGAUGCAAAUGCCAUUAAUCUUGUUCGUGAUGAGUCUAGCUGGUUUGUGGAUUCUGGUGCUACUUCUCUUGAAGUUAUUGGCAUUGGGACAGUUUGUUUGGAAAGUAACAAUGGUUCCAAACUAGUUCUCAAUAAUGUCAAGCAUGCUCCAGAUGUUCGCUUGAAUUUGAUUUCUGUGGGAUAUCUUGAUGAUGAGGGUUAUGUUAAUACACUUGGUGUUGGCCAGUGGAAGCUUACUAGAGGUUUGAUGGUUGUGGCCCGUGGUGACAAGUUGUCUAACUUGUAUGUAUUUCAGGGCUCCAUGUCUAGAGACUCGGUAAAUUUGGUGGAGAAUGAUACUUCAUCAGAGUUAUGGCAUAGAAGGCUGAGUCAUAUGAGCGAGAAGGGGAUUGAUAGUUUGGCUAAGAAAAAUUUGCUUUCUGGAGUGAAACAAGCAAAGUUGAAGAAAUGUGUUCAUUGCUUAGCCGGUAAACAGAAAAGAGUUUCUUUUCAGAGUCAUCCGCCUUCAAGAAAGCUUGAUUUGCUGGAGUUGGUACAUUCUGAUUUGUGUGGUCCUUUUAAGGUAAGAUCUCAUGGUGGUGCACUUUACUUUGUGACUUUUAUUGAUGAUCAUUCUCGCAAACUCUGGGUAUUUCCUUUGAAGUCCAAGGAUCAAGUACUUGAUGUGUUCAAGAGUUUUCAGGCCUUGGUUGAAAGACAAACAGGGAAGACAUUGAAAUGCAUCCGCUCAGAUAAUGGUGGUGAGUAUAUUGGUCCUUUUGAUAGAUAUUGCAGAGAGCAGGGUAUUAGGCAUCAGAAAACUCCUCCAAAGACUCCUCAGUUAAAUGGUUUAGCAGAGAGGAUGAACAGAACUCUAGUUGAGAGGGUUAGAUGUAUGCUUUCAGAUGCUAAGCUGUCAGAUUCCUUUUGGGCAGAAGCACUUAAUACUGCUGCUUAUGUUAUCAAUUUAUCUCCUGCUGUUGCUUUAGAUGGUGAUGUCCCUGACAGAGUUUGGACUGGUAAGAAUGUUUCUUAUGAUCAUCUUAGAGUCUUUGGGUGUAAAGCCUUCGUACAUAAGAAACUUGUUAGAAGCCGUGAUGUUGUGUUCUUUGAAGACCAAACAAUUGAAGAUUUUGACAAAGCUGACAAGGCUGAUUUUCAGAGUAGUGAGAGCUUAGUUGAUGUUGAUCCAGUUCCUUUGACUAUUGCACCGGAAGAAAAUCUUCAUAAUGAUGAAAAUCAAGUUGAUAAUGAAGAUGGUGAUCAUGUUCAGAAUGACCGGCAUGAUGUUGUUGAUGCUCCAGUGCAAGAUGAUGUGAGAAUUCCUUCAUCUCGUUAUUCUCCCAAUGAGUAUGUACUCUUGACUGACGGGGGAGAACCUGAGAGUCUUGAUGAGGCCAUGGAAAGUGAAGAAAAAGAAAGGUGGUUUGAUGCUAUGGAAGAUGAGAUUAAAUCCUUGCAUGAUAAUCAUACCUUUGAUUUGGUUAAGUUACCUAAAGACAGAAAAGCUUUGAAAAACAGGUGGGUUUUUCGGGUGAAACAUGAAGAUGGUAAUCCAGUUCCACGGUACAAAGCUAGAUUAGUUGUCAAGGGAUUUAAUCAGAAAAGGGGAGUUGAUUUUGAUGAGAUAUUCUCUCCAGUUGUGAAGAUGUCAUCCAUUCGUGUGGUUCUAGGCUUGGCUGCAAGUCUAGAUUUAGAGGUUGAGCAAAUGGAUGUUAAAACUGCUUUCCUCCAUGGUGACUUAGAUGAAGAAAUUUAUAUGGAGCAACCGGAAGGUUUUGAAGUCAAGGGUAAAGAGAAUUAUGUUUGCAAAUUGAAGAAGAGCUUGUAUGGUUUGAAACAAGCUCCCAGGCAGUGGUACAGGAAGUUUGGUUCUUUUAUGAGUCAGCAGGGCUUCAAGAAGACUUCUUCAGACCAUUGUGUUUUUGUGCAAAAGUUCUCUGAUGGUGACUUUAUUAUUGUGUUGCUUUAUGUUGAUGACAUGCUUGUUGUUGGUCAUAAUACUUGCAGGAUUCAGAAGUUGAAGCAAGAGUUGAGUAAGUCUUUUGCUAUGAAAGACUUAGGACCAGCAAGGCAGAUUCUUGGCAUGCAGAUUGUCCGUGAUAGAAAGGCCAAGAAAUUGGUAUUAUCACAAGAGAAGUACAUUCAGAAAGUACUUCGCAGAUUCAACAUGGACAAAGCUAAGGUUGUCAGUACACCUUUAGCUAUGCACUUCAAAUUGAGCACGAAACAGUGUCCUUCUAGUGAUGAUGAGAAGGAAGAUAUGAAGAAAGUUCCUUAUGCUUCAGCUGUUGGUAGUUUGAUGUAUGCGAUGGUUUGUACAAGACCGGAUAUUGCUCACGCUGUUGGAGUUGUUAGCCGUUUUCUUUCUAAUCCGGGAAGAGAACAUUGGAAUGCUGUGAAGUGGGUUAUGAGAUAUCUCUGUGGCACUUCUAGUCUGAGUUUGUGUUUUGGUACAGGGAGGCCUAUUCUUUGUGGUUAUACUGAUUCAGACAUGGCUGGUGAUGUUGAUACUCGCAAGUCUACUUCAGGGUACUUGGUUACUUUUGCAGGGGGAGCUGUGUCUUGGCAAUCUAGGUUGCAAAAAUGUGUUGCUCUAUCUACUACAGAAGCUGAGCUUAUUGCUGUCGUUGAAGCUUGUAAAGAAUUGCUUUGGAUGAAGAGAUUCUUGGGGGAACUUGGUUGUGCUCAAGAGAGGUAUGUGCUUUAUUGUGACAGUCAAAGUGCUAUACAUCUUGGCAAGAAUUCUACGUUCCAUGGUCGGUCUAAACACAUUGAUGUGAGAUACCAUUGGAUUCGAGAUGUGUUGGAUUCUAAGUUGCUUGAGCUUGAAAAGAUUCAUACAAAUGACAAUGGUUCCGAUAUGAUGACUAAAGCUUUGCCAAGAGGGAAGUUUGAAGAUUGUUGCAUGGUCUUUCAGUUUUGCAUCCGGAAAUUUCGAUCUACCGGAAGCAAGUUUCCAAUUUGA